AUGGAUGAUGAUGACUUUGGAGGAUUUGAGGCAGCAGAGAGUUAUGAGUUUGGAAAUGGUGAAAAGCAGACUACAUCCCCUGCUAUUGCCUGGGCAGCAUUUCCUACAGUGUCUGAAGUCCAUAUAUCUCCUGAUGUUCUUCUGGAGAACCCUGUGCUUUCUUCCUGCCUGGUUCCUUCUGACUCAUUUGGUUUAUCAGGUGAUAACGUGGCAACAACUAUUCAAACAGUCAACAAUGUUAUAAAUGCAGCUGUUCCUGAAGAACAGAUUCAAGCAGAUAUUCCAGUUGCCUCUUUGAAUGUAAUUGAAGACAAGACUUUAGUUACAUCAACCAUUGCUUUGGCUGAUGCUGAGACACAGAGAACAAAUGAACCGAAGAGCUACCUUCAACAAGCUUUUGCAAACCUAGAAAUCAAGCUUUGCACUGCUGAAGAAGAAAAAUUAAAAAUUAAAAAGAAAUUAGAAUAUUUACUGGAAAAACAUAGUAUUCUAGAAACGGAUUUCUUGAAGGAAAAAAAAGAAAAAGUAAUUUCACAUCAAGAUCAUUACAAGACGCUCCAGGAAAAGCAUAAGCAGGAGUUAGAAGACAUGAGAAAAGCUGGACAUGAAGCCUUGAGUAUUAUUGUUGAAGAAUUCAAGGCACUGCUACAAUCUACAGUUCAACAGCAAGAAGCAGCUAUUGAAAAACAGUAUAUACUAGCAAUUGAAAAACAUUCUCACAAAUGUGAAGAACUUCUUAAUACUCAGCAUCAGCGACUUCUGGAUAUUUUGGAAGAGGAGAAGGAAGUGCUAUCCGGAAAGAUAGAAGAGGCUUUGAUGCAGCAGUCACAAAAACACAAGGAAGUGCUUGACAAAUGUUUGGAUGAAGAAAGACAAAGAAGUAAGGAGGCUGCGGCAGCCGCUGCGAAGGCUGAAAAAGAAGUAGUGCAGGAGACUGUUCUGAAAGCAGUAGAGGAGGAGAGGAGAAAUAUGGAGAAGAUUCAUGCAGAAGAAAGAAAAAUGUGGGAAGCAGAACGUGACAGACAUAAAGAGAAGAUUGCCCAGGCUGUCUGGGAAGCCAUGCAAGAGCAAAGAAAGCAUAAUCAAGAAAUUGUCAAGGAAGCAUUAAUGGAGGAGCAAAAACGAAGUGAAAAGGCAAUUGAAGAAGCAGUGAAAAGGACAAGAGAGGAACUGAUGGAAUAUAUUAAAGAGCAGAAAAGGCUUGAUCAAGUUGUCCGUCAGAGAAAUCUGCAUAGUUUGGAACUUUUCCUCUCAUGUGCACAGAAACAGUUAGGCGUUUUAUUAAAGGAAGAGCCAACCACAACAGAGGAAAACGGAGACUGA